AAUGAUUCACAGCUCAAGAAGUUUGUGGAAGUGUUGUCUAUCACGUGAUCUGCAGUGCAAUCAAUGCAAGUGAUGUCUGGUGUGGGAGACAUGGGUUCGGACAGUGCCUCGGAUGGUGUGGUGCAGAGGGGCUGCCCUUUCUGUGCCAUCGCUAACAAGCAUUCAUCCAAUGAAACCACACUUUUAUAUGAAGAUAACAAUUAUGUGGUAAUCCAAGACAUCCGCGAGGCUGUCGAUAACCACUACUUACUUAUCACUAAAAAACACAUUAAGCCGUCACUUCUAGUGGUGACUGCAGUGAUGGCUAACCAAACGACCAAUUGGUCUGAUAUUUGCAAUCAAAUACAAAGUGGAAAUUAUAAAACGGUUCGUCUGACGGACUCAAGAAUGCAGUUAUUCUGCGGACAACAGUCCUAUACGUUCACUAUUGGAGACAUAAGAAGCGCACAAAUCACGCAAAUCUCAAACUUAUAUCCUUUCGAUUUGAGUCCAAUUGACGAGUGCUUCGAAAACAACGGAAAAGUUUAUUAUAUUCGCAAUAAUGAACUCAUUCAGUACAACGGUCUCGAUGUUAACUCUUAUCAUUGGAACCAAAACCAGCCGUCCAUUCCUUGUCUUAUCAUUAAGAAAAAUGGACAAACAAUUGGAUUCUUUGUUCCAAACAAUUCAUGCUCUUAUUCCUCGGGUCAGUCCAUGUCUACCACUAAUGACAUACAAGUGAUCGCUUACGGGAGCGCUUCCUCUGUCUCGAUGUCCAGU